AAACAGUUACAAUGAAAAUAAUUAUGUCUUUCCAGGCUUUAUUUCCUGUACGUCGUUUCAUGGUUGCCAGUUUCUAGUCUUAUAGGAUAAUUUUUGUGUAAAGAAAACAUCGAGCGUACAUAAAUCAAGUCAUUCCUAACCGAUGGCGAAUCCUGCAGGAGCUAUCCUAGCGUCCGUCGCAUCACUGAUACUACUCUUUCCGUCCGGCGGUCAGUCGGUGUCCAUCGUAGAAGUGCGUCUGAACGGAAGCGACGCACUUUACCUCCCCGCUAACGACACUGCCUUGGAGUGUCGAUUUAUCCUGGACCAGGGCGAGAUCUUGGAGGAGGUCGUGUGGGUGCUCGGGGGCCGAAUGCUUAAAAGUUCUACACCGAAUGUGACGGCCGGGGAAGUAACGUCAGACUUUUACCCUAUCCCCGCCCCCUCCCGGGAGUCGUACGGCAUCUACAGUUGCACGGUGCGCACCAGCGCUGGCACGGAUACCCUCAAAUUUGAACUCUUCGUAAUAGAUAUAAACUUGAACGAAUACGAUUACCAUUCGAUCUCCUCAAACAAUUGUUCUUACGUAUUUUCAUACAAGUCUCCAUUCGCCUACCCCAGAGGAUCAGCAUUUUGUGGGAUAAGGUAUUUUGACGCCACAUUAGGCCGUGAACGUUGGUUGGAAGCACCGGACCCGGUGACCCCAUCUAGCAUUACGGAAGCAUCUGCCUUACAACGAAGCUCGAAUUUUCGAAGCGUCAAGAUGUCGUACUCAUCCGACCGCAGAGAAUUUGACGAAUUGGUUGACAGUACCGGUCGGAUCCGAUUCCAACUUAACGAAAAACUUUUUAUCUUCCCCAACGACCUAAACGCCUCCCUUCUCUGCACCUUCGGCUUUCAUUCUCCAAGAGGAAAUUGGUAUCCACAAUCAAGAUUCUCUGCCUAUCACUGGGAGGAGCUGUCUGGCACUGAUGUCUGCCUGGAAAAAGUGCCCAAGCGCUACAUCGCUGACGGAGUGUCACUGAAAUUCUCAUCCUUCACCCAAGACUGCGCCGGCAAAAUCUACAGCUCAGAUCGCAUAUCUAAUCUCACGGCGACUCUGCUGUGCGACAAGUCGCACGACUCUCGCACGCUGGUCUGCCGAGACAAUGUCUGGAAGCUGCAGGCUGGGGAACAACUUCUUGCCGAAUACGACGUCUACAUCGGGAACUUCAAUAAGUCGUGCCCUCGUGACUUAUUAUCAACAGGUCCUAACGGUGUCUGUAGCUCAAGCGUUCCAAGCGCCUCCCUCCUGGGGCUGGCGCUAGCAUUGCAGCGGUUCUACGUCAGGUAGCGACCACGGCGGCAACUUCUGAAGAAGUUAUCUGCAGCGAGAGUUACAAAGUAGUUUUUGAUGUUGAAACUCAUCAAGCAAGAGAGUUGUUCAUCAUUAGACAAGCAGUAUUCAUUAUAACUAGACAGUUAAAUAAAAUAAUCCAUAAAUUUUGACA